ACCACCACGGAGAGACCCAUCUGUCGCCCAUCGGCAAUUCCCCGUCCCGAACCGUCGUCGUGUACCAGCUUCGCCGCCAGCGAGCUAGGGCUUCCCACUCCGAGGAUCCCCCGGCCAUGGCAUCCCACGACGACGACCAGGACCUCGUGGUCUACGGGACGCCGAUCGAGCGGGAGGAGGACAUCUCCGCCCGCAAGCGCCGCGCCGUCGCCGACGCAGGCCAGCUCCGGGCCCUUCCCGCCUGGAAGCAGGAGGUCAGGGAUGAGGAAGGGCGGAGAAGAUUUCAUGGUGCAUUUACUGGAGGCUUCUCUGCUGGCUUUUACAAUACUGCUGGCUCAAAAGAGGGAUGGACGCCACAGACAUUCACAUCUUCACGAAAAAGUAGAGCUGAGCAUAAAAAACAAAGCAUAUAUAAUUUUCUUGAUGAGGAAGAUAUCAAGGAUAUGGGAGGUAAUGCCUUGGAAACAUCUCAACAGUAUGAUACAUUCGGUUUUACAGCUGCAGAGCAUGCCAGAAAACAAGCAUCCAAGGAACAAAAUGAGAGACCAUCAGCUAUUCCUGGACCUGUUCCUGAUGAAUUGGUGGUCCCUGCCACAACCUCGAUUGGCGUGAAGUUACUGAUGAAAAUGGGCUGGCACCAAGGUCGUACCAUCAAGGAUGCACAUGCUGACUCCUUAUAUGAGUCACGUAGGGAAGCUAGGAAAGCGUUUCUUGCACUCUCUGGUGUCAGUAACGAUGAGGAUCAAGAUCAAAUUGCUUCUCAGAAAUCUAGAGUGGAUGAAAAUGUCGCAGAAUCAUUUAACAAAAUAAGCGCUUCGGGAAAUACCCCAGUGUAUGUACUUCAUCCAAAGGAAGAUCUGCAUGGUUUAGGUUUUGACCCAUUCAAGCAUGCGCCUGAAUUUAAAGAUAGGAAAAGAUCACACAAAUCAGUGAACAGGGACCGGAACCGAAGUGAUGUUUCCGUGAGGGGAAGUCUCCUGAUUUCAAACUCAGGACAAUAUGCUCCUGGUUUUGGAAUUGGAGCACUCGAAGAGCUUGGUGUUGAAGAUGAGGAUAUUUAUGCAUCAGGUUUCAACUAUGAACAAACAGAAGUUGAUAUCGAGCCUUCAAAAACAUCUGGUGACAGUAAGUUUAAACUUGAAGACAAGAAGAGAGGUUUCUUCCUGAGCUUUAAAAUCGCCUCAAAUUCCGAGUACAAACUCGAAAGAUUUCAUCCUCCUGAGAUCCCAGCUGAUUUUGAUGGUCGCCAUAAGUUCUCAAGUCCAAUUCAGACAGCUGAUAAGUUCUCUGAUCUAGCUCCUCCUGAGGUUCCUCCUCCAGAAGACACUACCUUGAGAUUAUUGAUUGAGGGCUGUGCUGCUAUGGUUGCUCGUUGCGGGAAACAUAUAGAGGAUUUCUACAAAGAGAAAAGUAAAGCAAGUCCACAGUUUCUUUUCCUCGAUGGAGGAGAUGGAUGUAGCUACUACACAAGGAAGUUAUGGGAGCAUCAGCAGAAGUUUAUUGACCGGCAAAGACCUGGUGCUGUUAAGUCGAAGCCUUCUUCUGACAAGUUGACAGCUGAGAAUCGUGGAACUAUUCUUGGUGAAAAGCCCCUCGAUAGAAGCUCCAAAUCAUCUAGCUCAUUUGUUUCUGCAAAAGAAGCUGUUCAACUACAAUCAAAUCUUGGUGACACCUUUGUGAAGCCAAUAUCUCUUGAUGGCGUGCCAGAGUCAAAGAAGCCUUUUAGAAAUGAGCCAGCAAAGCAGGCAAGGUUUGAGCAGUUUCUAAAGGAGAAAUAUCAGGGUGGUCUUCGUAUUGCAAGUCUUGCUCCUACAAUUACAAUGUCGGACGCUGAUCGUGCUCGUGAAAGACUAGAUUUUGAGGCUGCUGCAGAUGCAAUUGAAAAAGGAAAAGAAUAUAAGGCUAUAGAUCCUUUGUCAAUAUUGGGUUUACCUGGAUUGAACGAGCAACGCUUUGUUUCAUCCACUCAAUUAGAGAGCUCUGCGGUACUCCAAGAUGAGAGGCCCAUGUAUCCACAGAGGGAGGAGUUUGAAUGGCGGCCUUCACCAAUACUGUGCAAGCGUUUUGAUAUUGUUGACCCUUUCAUGGGAAAGCCAAUGCCUCUUCGAAGACCAAUAAGUAAGAUGGACACCCUUAUGUUUAUGACCGAGUCCACUAAAAAGAUAAAUGAAGACGUAAGGGGCUCAAGUACGAUUCCACAAAAUGCUGCUGUGUCAGGAACAGAAGAGACAGAGGCACAGGAAACUGCAAAUAACCCUGAUAUUGUGGCAAGCAGGAUGCAGAGGCCUGUUGAUCUUUACAAGGCAAUCUUUUCUGAUGAUUCAGACGAUGAUAUGGACGAACCUCUUAACAAUCAACAAGUGGACCCAGUGAAGACGAGUGAAGGUGCCAACAUGGCUCUUAAUCGUCUUGUUGCUGAGGAUUUCCUGGAAUCUUUGGGUAAAGAACUGGGAUUGGAGGUUCCUCCAGAGAAACCUGCCCAGCCACCGAAUGUAUUAUUUAGAUCAGAAAUCCUUCCAACGGCUGAUGCAAGUGUAUCUAGGAAUGGCCAGACAUCUACUUUUAGGGAGAUAAAGGAGAACGAGGGUUCUUUGGGUUUGAUGGAAGCUGCCAAUGGUAAUGGGGACGAUCCUUCAUCCAAUGUCGAAAAGCUUGAUUUCAAAUAUGAGCAUAGUGCUGACAUAGGCCGGUCACACUCUUUACAUCGUCAGAUUCGGAACGGUAGUCCAGAGUCUGAUACUUCUAUUGAACGGCAUAGGAGUAGGAAAAGAAGAUCCCAUCAUCGAAAUCGGAGUCCAACACCAGAUUCUGGUUCUUCUGAUGAACGACGUAGUAGUAAGAAAAGAAAGUCACAUUCAAGGCAUAGAGCAGGCAGGAGUAGAACUCCUGAUGGCGAUUUGUCCUCUGACAGCCAAAGGAAUAAGAGAAAACGUCGGGAGAAAAGGAGUCAUCAGACCCGCAUGUCUGACAGUGAUUCUAGUGAUCAUGAAUACAAGGAAAAAUAUACAUCUAGUAGUAGAAGAUCAUCUGAUAAAGACAGAAGUAGAAAGCAUUCUAAACACCGCAGGCACAGAAGAAAAGACUCUGCAUAAUGUUCUUGAAUACAGCUACAGGAAUAUAUGGCUGCAAACGAAAGAAUUCACACUAGCUUCUCCAGAUCAUCCAAGUUGGUGAAAAUGUUGGGCCCGAUACUGAAGUGGAUGUUUAUAUCACAAGUUGAUGCCGUGUUAUCCAGUCAUCCAAAACUAUUUGAUGAGCCUGGAAGCUUCUUGCGUAGUAGUUACUGAGAUUCGGGUUGUGCGUGCAGCCUUCCUUUGUAUGUGGAGUUUCUGUUGCCAUCGUGCCCCUACCUCCUGUUGUGUUGUCUAUGUCAUGUCAUAAAUUCGUUCCGUUCCGGAAGACUGUCUCUGAGGACCCUUGUACAACUCAAACUGCCAGACAUGAACAGGUGUAAAUAGAAGAGAAUUGGGUUGUCAUUAACAUAGUAUUUAGAUUUUCA